CGCGGCGCGGGGCGGCUGCGCGCGCCCGGCCCCGCCCCGGCCCGAGGGGCCAUGGGGCGCCGCCGCCCCGGGCUGAGCGCGGCGCUCGGCAGAGCCGGCGGGGCCCGGCAGGAGGUGCUGUCGCUCCGCGGAUGGAGAGCCGGCAAGAAGAGCACAGUGGAGGCCAAGCCAGCAGCAGCCCUCCUGAACCUCAGGCUGGAUUAAUUUAGUGGAUUGGAACUGCUAGAUGCCCCCGAAAAAGGGAGGCGACGGGGUUAAGUCGCACCCGAUUAUCGGAAGGUUCGGGACGUCCCUGAAGAUCGGGAUCGUCGGGCUGCCGAACGUGGGGAAAUCAACGUUUUUCAAUGUGUUAACAAAGAGUCAAGCGGCAGCGGAAAAUUUUCCUUUCUGUACUAUUGAUCCAAAUGAGAGUCGAGUACCUGUGCCAGAUGACAGAUUUGACUUCCUAUGCCAGUAUCACAAACCUCCAAGCAAAAUUCCAGCAUUUCUGAAUGUGGUGGAUAUUGCUGGCCUUGUGAAAGGAGCCCACACUGGACAAGGCUUAGGAAAUUCCUUCUUGUCUCACAUUAACGCCUGUGAUGGGAUCUUUCAUCUGAUGCGAGCAUUUGAAGAUGAUGAUAUCACUCAUGUUGAAGGAAGUGUAGAUCCUGUUCGUGACAUCGAAAUUAUACAUGAAGAACUUAGACUUAAGGAUGAGGAGCUGAUCAUGCAGAGCAUAGAUAAGCUUGAAAAAGUAGCUGUAAGAGGAGGAGACAAGAAAUUAAAACCUGAAUAUGACGUAAUGUGCAAAAUCAAGACAUGGGUAAUAGAUGAAAAGAAAGCUGUCCGCUUCUAUCAUGAUUGGAAUGACAAAGAGAUUGAUGUUUUGAACAAACAUUUGUUUUUUACUUCAAAACCGAUGAUCUACUUGGUUAAUCUGUCUGAAAAAGACUACAUUAGAAAGAAAAACAAGUGGUUGAUAAAAAUUAAAGAGUGGGUGGACAAGCACGACCCGGGAGCUUUGGUCAUUCCUUUUAGUGGGGCCUUGGAACUCAAGUUGCAAGAUAUGAGUGCUGAGGAGAAACAGAAGUAUCUGGAAGAGAACAUGACACAAAGUGCUUUAGCAAAGAUCAUUAAGGCUGGAUAUGCAGCACUCCAACUAGAAUACUUUUUCACUGCAGGCCCAGAUGAAGUGCGUGCAUGGACCAUCAGGAAAGGGACGAAGGCUCCUCAGGCAGCAGGGAAGAUUCACACAGAUUUUGAAAAGGGAUUCAUUAUGGCUGAAGUAAUGAAAUAUGAAGAUUUUAAAGAAGGAGGUUCAGAGGCUGCUGUCAAGGCUGCUGGAAAAUACAGACAACAAGGCAGAAAUUACGUAGUGGAGGAUGGAGAUAUUAUCUUCUUUAAAUUUAAUACACCUCAACAACCCAAGAAGAAAUGAAUACCAGAUUUGUUUGCUCAGAAAUGAACUGUGCUGCUUCAAAAAGCAUAUGAAUUUUUAUUUGGAAUUGGAAUAUCUGGAAACAAAAAGCAUACAGUUUCUACCUAGGGAACCUCCCUUCCCCCAGUGAAAUUAUUCUUGUUUGUUUUGAAUUAAAAUAUGGCACCUCCAGCAAACAUGCAAGUUCACUAAAUGUGAACAGCUUUGCAUUUCAAACGAUUAAGACCCCACUCCAAAUUGUAGAAGCUUUUUGGGAACCAUAUUACUCUCAUGAUACUUCAUUAAUCUCCAUCAUGUAUGCCAAGCCUGACACGUUUGACAGUGAGGACAAUGUGGCUUGCUCCUUUUUGAAUCUACAGAUAAUGCAUGUUUUACAGUACUCCAGAUGUCUACACUCAAUAAAACAUUUGACAAAACCAG